AUGUCCACCUACGCCGGCUGGCCAAUUGACACCGCUAACCUCCCUCCCAACCCACUGAACUUGUUGACACCCGUACUGACGGAACGACCUACUGAAUAUCAGGAUCUUAAAGACAAGAAUAUCAUCUGCCACCGGCAUGGUAAUGCCCAACUGAUUGAUUUUGGAAGCGCUGCCUACGUCAGAGAGGGCAGCAAGUUCGAGAUGUUUUUGGGUACAUUAGACUUUGUUGCUCCAGAGGUCCUCAAAGGCAUCCCAAACUGCGGAAAAGAGAUUGAUAUAUACGGGCAUUGGGGGUGA